CCGCCGCCGCCGCCGCCGCCGCGAUGACGCCGGUCGCCGCCACACCGAGCUCCUCCGCCACGGCGACUCCCUCCGCUAGACCUUCGCCGCGCGCCUCCUCGUCGAAAGUGAAAACUAAUGGCGCAUCCACGUCCGCAUCGGCGGCAGCACCGAAACCAGGAAGCGGUACUCCGGUGCCCCUUGCUGGGCAGCCCGGGGGCUAUCAAACGGCGCCGCUGAGCUCCCGAAAGGCCCAGUCGCUCGAUAUGUCGACCGUGGAAAGACGAAAUCCCGCUAUCAAGGAGAAUCCUAAGAGAAUUCGUCCGCACGGUUUGAUAGAGGCGCCUACGUUUACACCCACUCCCGAGGAGUUUAAGGAUCCCAUGGAGUACAUACGAAGCAUCGCGGAAGAGGGCAGAAAAUACGGAAUUGUAAAAAUCAUACCGCCGGAAAAUUGGUCACCCGACUUUGGAAUAGACACAGAGCGAUUCCACUUUCGUACGAGACGACAGGAGCUCAACUCGGUGGAAGGAGGUACGAGAGCGAAUCUCAACUAUCUCGACCAACUCUCAAAGUACCACAAACAGCAUGGUACCAGUCUCAACCGGUUCCCUUCGGUCGACAAACGGCCACUCGAUCUCUAUCGUCUAAAAAAGGCAGUAGAAAUCCGAGGUGGUUUCGCUACGGUUUGUAGAGGCAAGAAAUGGGCUGAGAUCGGAAGGGACUUGGGAUAUUCGGGAAAAAUAAUGUCCAGUCUGUCUACAUCCCUCAAAAACUCAUAUUCACGCUACUUGCAACCGUAUGAGGAAUGGGUCAAGUCGGCGAAGCCCGGAGUCCAACAACAGAUAGAGGCCGAAUUUGGAGGGCCCAUCACACCUUCCCCCGCUUCUACCCCGAUCAAGAGUACCCCAAUGCAGAAAAAUGGUUCGCCCAUUGGUAGUAGUUUCGGACCGGACUCCCCGACAAUUAGAGCUUCCUCAGCUCUGGCAGCGUCGGUGGGUACACCGAAUAAAUUUGAUGUGGAUAUGCCGGACGCAACCCCCACGCCUUCGGUCGGAGGAUUCAACGGGGGAGCAUUUGCACCAGUUAAUUCGGGCCAUGCCCCUGGAUUUGCGGUCGGCGGCACGAAUGGGGUGAGAAGUGAGCUCGAUUCCGGAUUGACGCCGAGCAGCAGUUCCAUGCGAAGCGCCGAUGGAAUUUCAAGCACUAGAGAAUCGCCAGAGGCCAAGGUGGGAGGAGGAGUCAUGAGUUCUCCGUUAAAGCGACAGCAUAGCUCAGAAAGCAGCUCAGAUUCUCGAGAUAUCGCGAAUGGCAGAGUCGACGAUAUCGAAAACGGAGAGCGACGCAGUAAGAGGUUGAAGAAGGAACCUGCUCCUAUGGUUGCGGGGUCACACAUGACAUUGCAUAAACCAUCAUCCGUGCCCAGGACCUUGGGUGACCGGACCCACAAUAAACCCGGAGAGAAAUGUGAAAAAUGCGGCCGUGGGGAUGACAUGAAAAGUCUACUGCUGUGUGACGGCUGCGACUACGGAUACCACAUUUACUGCCUCGAUCCGGCGCUGAAGUCGGUCCCUGAUCGUGAUUGGUACUGUGAUCGCUGUCUGGUCGGAACCGGAGAGUACGGCUUCGCGGAUGGCGAGAUUUACUCUUUGCGACAAUUCCAAGAGAAAGCGAACAACUUUAGAGAUCUCUACUUUCAGAAGAAGAUGCCGUACGACCCGAUACUGAACAAGCCGCGGCCGGUCACCGAGGAUGAUGUCGAACGGGAGUUUUGGAGGCUGGUGGAGAGCGUCCAUGAGACCGUUGAGGUGGAAUACGGCGCCGACAUCCAUUCGACAACCCAUGGUAGCGGUUUUCCCACAAUAGAGAGGCACCCGUGCAAUCCAUAUUCGACGGAUCCCUGGAAUCUAAACAUCCUACCACUGCACCCGGAAUCUUUGUUCCGACAUAUCAAGUCGGAUGUGUCGGGGAUGACCGUGCCUUGGCUGUACGUCGGUAUGUGCUUCUCGACCUUUUGCUGGCAUAACGAGGACCACUUCACCUACUCGGCCAACUACCAGCACUUUGGAGCCACAAAGACCUGGUACGGCAUACCCGGAGACGACGCCGACAAGUUUGAAAGCGCCAUGCGGGAAGCCGUGCCGGAACUAUUUGAGCAGCAGCCAGAUCUACUGUUCCAAUUGGUCACCCUGCUCACACCCGCGCAUCUCCAGAAGGUCGGCGUUAGGGUCUAUGCACUCGAUCAGCGAGCCGGUCAGUUUGUGGUUACUUUUCCGAAGGCUUACCAUGCGGGCUUCAACCACGGAUUCAACUUUAACGAAGCGGUCAACUUUGCGCCCUCAGACUGGGAACCAUUCGGACAGGAAGGAGUUGAAAGAUACCAGCAGUUCCGAAGGGCGCCUGUUUUCUCUCACGAUGAAUUGCUCCUCACGGCCGCGGCUAGGGACACGACCAUCAAGACUGCUCAGUGGCUAGCUCCCGCUCUCGAACGCGUCAAGAGCAGAGAAUUGGCACUGCGAAGCAUGCUUCAGGAACAACUUCCGUCCUUCAACAAAGUGAUCCUUGGGGACAACGUGGAACUGACAGAAGAGGAGUACCAGUGCGGGGUAUGCAAGGUCUACUGUUACCUCUCUCAGGUCAUUUGCUCGUGUACCAGCAACAUUGUUUGUCCGACCCACUUCCGCGAUAUCUGCGAUUGUAACAAAUCUCUGAUCACCCUCCGCAUGCGGAUGAGUGAUGAGGAUUUGGAGGAACUGGUCCGCAAAGUAGAGGAAAAAGCAAACCUACCGAAAGCUUGGGCUGCAAAGUUGGAGAAAACCAUGCUCGAGACUCCCAGGCCACAGCUGAAGGGUCUCAAGGCGCUUCUCGCGGAAGGUGAAAAGAUUCCUUACUACAUCCCCGAGUUGGCUCCUUUGAAGCUUUUCAUCGAGCGUGCGCAGGAAUGGGUCGAGGAGGCUACUCCAUUCGUCUCACGGAAGCAGCAGAACCGGGGAAAGAGCGGUAAGGUCUGGAGGACCGGGGGAAAGGCAAAGGUUGCGGAGAUGGAGGAGAAAGAGCGUGCGCACCGGAAGCUGGAGAGGAUCUUGGAACUGCUCCAGUCCGCCGAUGAUCUGGGAUUCGAUUGCCCGGAAAUCGAGCAGCUGACCGAGCGCGCCGACUCCAUACGGGAAUUUCAACUCCGCGCGAGACACGCCCUGGCGACUCCUGGAGCGUUGUCGACGACCGAUUACGAGGGACUGGUGGAAUUAGGCAAGAGCUUUAAUGUGGAUCUCGCCGAAACCGACCUUCUCGAGAAGAUUGUCAAGCAGCUGAAGUGGGUCGACAAUGCACGAGAACUCCGGGGCAAACAGCUCACCCUCCAGGAGGUCGACGACCUGAUCAAGAAUGGUGUCGAGCUGGGUAUUCCCGACAGUAACGACCAGAUCCUCUUCUAUAAAGCGCAAAGGGAGGCCGGUGAGAUGUGGGAAUCGAAGGCCAAAGAGCUCAUGAGCGCCGAGAUGAUCAACUUCCAGCAACUGGAGGCGCUGUCUGGACAAGCGGCCACCUUGCCCGUUUCGGGAGAUACUCUCGUUCAGGUCGAUCAGAUCUUGAACAAGCAGAGGGAAGCUCACCGCCAGAUCGUCGCCCUGUACGAGGCCAGCAAGUCACCCUACCUGCAGAAUAGGCCGAUGUACAAGGAUGUGCGGGAAGUAAUCGAUAGCCUCCUGGAGUUCCACAGCAAGCCUUCCGGAACCCUCGAUCUGGAAAAGGAACAGAAGCGCCACGAGGACUGGAUGCGGCGAGGCAAGAAGCUUUUCGGAAAGGCGAACGCGCCUCUACACAUCCUGCAGCAACACAUGAGUUAUGUGGAGAGUCGGAACGAGCACUGCUUCGCGCUCGAGGAUAAACCGCGUACACCCGUCGAACCCUCCAGCAGGGAGCCCAGCCCCGAUACCAAGAACGAUUCGAGCUUUGGGGAAGGAGAGAGCUCGCGUGGAAGGUCGCGGGAAGUGUUUUGCAUCUGUCGACAACCAGAAGCGGGAAUGAUGAUCGAAUGUGAGGUGUGCCACGAAUGGUACCAUGGCAAGUGUCUUAAGAUUGCUAGAGGCAAGGUUAAGGAAGAUGACAAAUACACUUGUCCCAUUUGCGACUAUCGGGUUAAGAUCCCUCGGGACGCAGCACGGCCCAAGCUGGAGGACUUGAUCGAAUGGGAAUCCGAAAUCCCCAGCCUUCCGUUCAUACCAGAUGAAAUGGACUGUCUCCAUCGGAUUAUUGAAGGAGCUUCCAAAUUUAGACAGUUUGUCAGCUCGUAUACGAACUCUCCUCUUGGCCUGACUUCCGCCGAGGUCCCGACAAUGCGAUUCUAUCUGCGGAAGAUUGAGGGCGCCGAGAUUCUACUCUCACACGAGACAAACUUCUUUCGCCAGGAGCUGCAUAAAUGGAUGCCGAUCGCGCCCGAACCACCCCCAACGGUCGAAAACUCUCAGUCGACCCGCAAGCCUCGACCUACCAAGCAACAGAAGUUGAUGGCGCAGAUGGGUAUUCAGAAUCCGGAUGAUCUCCCACCGCAAUACCGAACCAAAGCCCACAUAUUUAAGAAGAAGGUGGGCGAGGUCAACGGAAAGCCACCUCCGAUCAGGCCGGCACCGCUUGGGAACAAUGGAUCACCGGAGCCUGACCACACACAGUCGUACGACUACCAGCGAUACGGAUCGGCUACCACGCACGGGUCGCCUACAUUAUCCCAACCUAGCUACGGAACGCCUGGCUCCCCCGUGUUGGUCAACAAUCCCGGCCGCGGACAGACACUCGACCCAGCACUCUUCGGUGGUUACCACGGUCACCGUACUGCCACCAGUAGUUGUUCCGGGAGUCCCCAAUACAACUCCGCGAACAGUCGAGAAGAAAACAGCAUGUUCGACCUUUACACAAAGGAGCCGUCAUCCGGACCCGGCACAUCCGGAUACGAGUCGAUUGCCGCCCAGGCACUGGAAAAUACUACUGCGGAGACUCUCGACAGCAUGGCGGACCAGUUUCUCCACCGCGAUCCCUCAUGAAUAAUGUACCCUUUCUUGCCUUGUCUCUCUUAUCCGUCGUUUCCUUCCCUUCUUUUCUCCCAUGUAUAAAGCCCUUGAUUUUGUGCUUUUUUCUCUGGCGUUUGAGAAUGGUUGGGGGGGGGGGGGGUUUGUUUUUUU